GUGGCAAAAAUGAGCGCCAGCGACCAAGACCGGGCUCCCCAGCUGCUCUUUGUCAAAGCCCUGGCCAGCCGGGGGCGCCUGGAGGCCCUUGCCCAGCAGAUGGGCUACCACCCCCAGUACCUGGACAGCUUCCUCCGGAUGCAGCAUUACCUCCUGCACAUGGACGGCCCGCUGCCCUUCGACUGCCGACACUACAUCGCCAUCAUGGCAGCCGCCCGGCAUCGGUGUCACUACCUGGUGAACCUUCAUGUGGUACAAUUCCUGCGGGUGGGGGGUGACCCCCUGUGGCUGAGAGGGCUGGACUGCAUCCCCACCAAACUCCGCCGACUCAGUGAAAUCAACAAGAUCCUGGCACACCGACCCUGGCUGGUUGGCAAGGAGCACAUUGAGAAGCUGCUAAAGAUCAGUGAGCAGAGCUGGUCCCUGGCGGAGCUGGUCCACGCCGUGGUGCUCCUUGCCCACUACCAUGCCCUCGCCAGCUUUGCUUUCGGCUGUGGCUGUGAACAGGAGGCCUGCCCGGAAGGACGGGGCUUGCUUCAGCUGGCUCUCCCCGGGAGCCUGUGUUUUUGCGACGUUGGCAACGGCUGCAGCCAGGAGCUGCUGCAUCUGAACCGCAAGCGGUCUUUGGAUUCCUGUGUGGAGCUGGAGUCUCUCCGGGAGCGCCUUCACAGGCUGCACGUGGAGCAGGAGGGCCGGGAGGAGACGAGGCUGCCCGAACGGGAGGAAGGUUUUGAGAGGGAAAUGUCUGGCAUGGUGGACCUGUCCUGCUACGUCCAGGAGCCCAGUUUUGGGUACCAGGACUUUGCUCAGUGUGAUGAGGACCAGCCUUCCGUAUUUCGUGUCCAGGACUACUCCUGGGAGGACCACGGCUUCUCCCUAGUGAACCGGCUCUACUCCGACAUCGGGCACCUCCUUGAUGAGAAAUUCCGGAAGGUGGACGGGCUCCAGAGCUGCUCCAUGGCCAAGCGGCAGGGCUGCGAACACGCCACCUUCAAGCGCGGCAUUUGGAACUACAUCCACUGCAUGUUUGGCAUCAGGUACGACGAUUAUGACUACGGAGAGGUGAACCACUUCCUGGAGCGAAUACUCAAGCUCUAUAUAAAAACAGUGACCUGCUUUCCAGAGAAGAUGAAUCCCGAGAUGUUUGAGCGCUUCUGGAAGCAGUUCAAGCACAGUGAAAAGGUCCACGUGAACCUCCUCAUCCUGGAAGCUCGGCUCCAGGCAGAGCUACUGUACGCGCUCCGUGCCAUCACCCACUACAUGGUCUCCUAAAAGGGCUGCGGGCGACCCUCUCCCCCCCCCCAACCUUCGACUGGGACUCGUUCACCCACCAUGUUUACUUGAGAGCCUCCCCUUCUUUUCCCCCCAGAGGGGUGAGAAGGAUUGAAACACACCCCUCUCUUCUUCCCCGUUCCCCAUUCCCUCCCACCCUCCAGCCCCUCCCACCCUCAUGUGCAAUGGCUGAACUGCCCUCCUGCAGGAGGUCCCCGGACGGCAGUGGCCCCGAGUGGGGAGUUGGCUGCCCAUGGCCCUGAUCCUGCCCUCUCCUGCAGGCAGGCAGGUGUGUG